UUGUGAAUCCCCACCACCAACUCCAACCCCACUUCCAUAUGUCCCCUAGAUCCAUCAUCACUACACUUUAUUGUUGUAUAAAAAAAAAAUAAAAAAAUUAUCUCUUAGUUAACGCCAUUUUUUUCCAACACGAAGAAGAAGAAGAAAAGAAGAAAUGGAAGGGGAGAUUCACAAUUUCAUAGUGGUAUGGGCUAUUAUCUUAAUAAGUUUAUAUUAUUCUCACACCAUAGCCAAAUUUAUUUCCAUAGGCAAAUCAAGAUUUGUGGCUAUUAUUCCAAUAGUUUGUCUAUUUUUCAUUCUUCCUCUUUAUCUUACCUCCAUUAAUCUUGGUGGCAUUACAUCUUUCUUCAUUGCAUGGCUAGCCACUUUCAAAAUUCUUCUUUUUGCUUUUGGUAAAGGCCCUUUAUCAUCAACCCCACCUCUACCACUUUCAACAUUCAUUCCUUUGGCUUGUUUGCCUAUAAAAUUUCAAAAAUAUUAUUCAACUAAUGAUAAUGUUGAAACCACAAAAAAGACCACAAAUUCAAAUUUCAAUCUUGUUACCAAAUUUGCACUUCUAGCCAUUUUGAUAAGGGUGUAUAAUUAUAAAAACAAUUUACAUCCAAAAUUCUUGCUCUUUUGUUAUGGUCUCCACAUUUAUUUCUUCCUAGAAAUCGUAUUAACCAUGGUUAGCAAUUUAGUUCGAGCUGUGAGCCGAGUCGAGCUUGAGCCACCUUUUUAUCAGCCGUACAAGACCAGCUCGCUUCAAGAUUUCUGGGGCAGGAGGUGGAACCUCAUGGUAAACAAUAUACUCCGUCCAACUGUCUACGACCCCAUUCGUUCUGUAAUGGCGAGACACAUCCCGAGGAAGUGGGCCCCACUUCCUGCGGUGCUCGCCACGUUUUUCGUCUCGGGAUUAAUGCAUGAACUGAUUUUUUACCAAAUUACUAGAGAGAACCCUAGUUGGGAAGUCACAUUGUUUUUUAUCGCAUGGAGUGGCUUUGAGUCUUGAAAUUAUGAUUAAAAAAUUGUUAAAUAACAAAUUUUUGGUCCCUAGGUUUAUUUCUGGCCCAUUAUCAUUAGGAUUUAUAAUUUUAACUAGUUUUUGGUUGUUUUUUCCACCAUUAUUGAGGGGUCAACC